AUCGAAAAAAAUAAUGUGAGCAAAAAGGACAACUCCUGUCGUCAUCACGCAGCGCCGAUGAAGUGAAGGACCUACAGCGACAAAACAAUCUCCCAUUAGGAUUGAGUGUGAAGUCUGAACAGUCAAGAGGGCAGGAUUUGCAAAAGUGCGACAGAUGUGAUACUUUCAUCCAAUUUGGCUUGCUGUUCUCAUCCAUGUGACCAACACUGACGCUUGUACAGCAUGACAGUCCUGGAACAGUUCCCAGAAGAAUAUCUAUCUGCAACAGUCAAAAGUUUAGUAACCAGUGAAGUCUGAAUACUCUAAAUUACCCUGAUACUGAAAUCACUAACUGACCAUUUUUAAAAUUUGUAAUGCCAAUGAGCCUUUGCAAUAGUAUUUUAUAUUUCAACCAAAAACUUGAAGUGAAAAGAGUUUCAGUGCAGAGUUUCCAUUGAGCAUGCAUUUGCUUGUCUAUGUGCUUGUGGGAAUUAUUUUGAAGAGUCAUGGGUACCAUUCAGAAGUGACACACUACAAAGACUGGAUGGGGAAGCUGAAAACAAUUCGUAACGGAAUUCAUAAAAUUGAUAUGUAUCUAAAUGCAGCACUGGAUUUACUCGGUGGAGAAGAUGGGAUCUGCAAGUACAAAUGCAGCGAUGGAUCUAAGCCAACUCCUCGCUCCAAUUAUAAACCUCCUCCACCCAAUGGAUGUGGCUCUCCGAUGUUUGGAGUUCAUGUGUAUGUGUUCUAUCCAAGGGAGAAUUUCAGCAGGCGAGAAAGAAUGUUUCUCACAUCCAAAGAUGCCAACUCCAUUCUGAAGCGGUUUCCGAGAGCAAAUCGUUUUCUAGAAGAGAUCCGGCAAGGCAGCAUUGAGCGAGAAUGUAUGGAGGAGAUCUGUGUAUAUGAAGAGGUAAAGGAGGUAUUUGAGGACAAUGAUAAAACAAUGGCGUUCUGGAAGGAAUAUACCAGCAGUUUGUACACAACCCCCAGCAACAACUCUGGCCUGCGUGUGGAGCGCACUGAUGCAAUCUAUGUUGUCGUUCCUCUCCUGGGUGUAGCAUUAUUAAUUGUUAUUGCACUCUUUGUGAUAUGGAGGUGUCAGCUGCAAAAGGCAACUCGACGCCGCCCAACGUACUCUCAGAGCAGGUAUCUGACAAGCCGCACGACACGGAGCCUGCCUCGAGUCCUUGUGCAUCGGGAAACAUCACACACUCAGACAGACACAUCUCAUCAUGAGCAGAGCAGCAGACCUCCUUUAGACCGCAGUGAGCCCAGUGGCCCACCAUCAAACAGAACUCUUUAUGCACAGGAACAAUCUGCAUCAGUCUCUUCUAGACUGUCCAAUGCCACUCCCCCACCUUCCUAUGAAGAGGUUACUGGACAUGUGGAAAGCAGUGGGGAGGAGACAAGCACACCAUACAGUGACCCACCUCCAAAAUAUGAAGAGAUUGUUAGAGUGCAUCCUGCUGUAUCAUCCCAGAACACCACUAAUAAGUAAUUUGCUGGGCAUUUGAGAGAACUGAAUCAGUGAUGAUAGCAUGUUGAUGUGAGUGACCUCCUGCUUUCAGCCAACAGUCUCUACCUGCAGUUACUUGAGUAAAAUUGACUUCCAGAAAACAUGCAAGUAUCCAGGUCAGGUGAUCCACUCAAAUAAAGCAAACGUUUAAUUAGAUGAGGAAGCCAAUGAAAAUCAGUGACUUUUUGAAAUUGUGUUGUGCUUUCUCAGUCUAGGAGGUUUGUCUGUGUAGAGACAUGGGAAUCAAUUUACCCAGCAAUUCAUUUAUGCAGGGUAAAGGAGGUGCUUUGCCCCCUUAAGUGCAUGAAAAUAUCCCAACUGUAGCCAAAUUAAAUUGGAAAAAUAGGCUGAAUCAGCAGUGUGACUCCAUGUUACGACUGUAGUGAUGGAAAUUGCCAAAUUGGUAAUUGUUACAUGUGAUCCUAUUUCUUUAUUAAUACAGCACCACUGCCGAUUGUGUCGUAUUUUCACAUUACUCACAAGGCUUGUACACAAGCAUGAAGGGUAAAUGCUGUUAGAGUCUUAAGAAAAUGCAGUGGCCUUGAUCAGUCCUUUGUUUGGGAUCUGCAAUGUAUUUUAGUUUAAGCACAGAAGAGAAGGUAUGCCUUAUAAGCAGACUUCUGCUUCCUCAGUUUAUACUUGAAAUAAACUUCAGGGAAUGGGACAAAAUUCAUAUUAUUGGUUAAGAAAUCUUCCACAGGCACAUAGUGUAAAGUGACAACCCGCAAUGCCACACUUGGGGGAGUUUUGUCCAAUAUCCCUGUUCUUUGCUCUGAUCAGCUGUGGUUUGAAAUUCAGAAUAAUUUUUAAAAAUCCUGAUGACUGCUUGAUAAUACACAGCUAAAUUUGUGCUCAUGAAGGCUGCAUAUUUACCAGUCUGACAGGGAUAAGUGCUUGCUGGGAUAAUUGAUGUUAUUUGGAAAAUUUCUAAUGAAUAUGAAACUUAAAUAUUGAUAGUAUAUUAUUACUUAUUUAUCAAAAUGGGAAUUGAUCUAUAUCAUUUUGUUCCGCAUUUUUAUUGAAUUUUGAAAAAAAACUGAAAGUGUGAAUGUCUGCUUAUUAAGCAUUGAGGAAAUAGAAAUGGAUGAUUGCAUGUUUCACAAAGGUGAUAUUGAAAUUCUGUACAAUUUUUUUGUUGUUGAAGAGUGAAAACAAAUAGUCAUAACCAUCUUCACUGAUCCAGGAAUCCUAAUUGAUCCUCUAGACUCUUUCAGAGAUUGAAAUUUCACAUGGUAAUGUGCCAACAAAAUGUGUCAUAUCAUUUUGGGUCAGUAAAUUAUGUUUACUGAAGAAUUAGUAAAGCACUACAGUUUACUUUAGUGAUUGGAUAAAGAUUUUACCACUUUUUUUUUGUUACUGAAUCUCUCAGAUGUUCAGGUGGGAAACCUACAUGAAGGUAAGUUAAAUCCUUCAAUCAGUGAUUCAUAGUCAUGUAAAAUAUGGCUUCAAAAUAACUGGAAAAAUAUGGACUUUGUAUCAUGACUGCAAUUUAAUAAAGAGCCUCCUCCCAUUCAGUAAGGAUUCCAUUGGAGAAGCUUCUUGCCAUCCAAAUGUAGUGGGCCUUGGAUUCGUCCAUGGUAUUUUACCACCUUUAGAAACUGUUCAGCAAUUGAACUUCUUAACAGCUGUUUCCUAGCAUCCUUGUUAAGGUGGUCUGAUUGAUUCUAGGAAUGUAUUCAUAAUGAAAAAACUAGUAAUUUGACUUUCUCGUUAAAAUUCUUAUCUGUGUUUAAAUCACUUUUUGCCUGACCAGUCCUACCUUGGAAACGAAUUCUGUAAGCCUAUUCUGUCUACCUUUCCAAUUUAUAUGCAUCGUUCCUUGACUGAUUCCCUUUAAUGGGGAGAAGUACCUUUUAGUAGUCAAGCUCCAGUGGUUUGGAGGAAUGCCCUCCCUCUCUUUUUUGGAGAGGCAUUCCUCAAAACUCAGCCCUUUGACAAAGUUUUUAUUCACCCCCCUACCAGUUUCUCAUUCGUCUUGACAUUCCCAGUUCAUCUGUUUACAUUACUGUGAAGCACCUGGCUUUUUUCUUUGCAUUAAAAAGAUUAUUCAGUUGGUGCAUCAUGUAGUGUACUUCAUUUAGAGAGUAAUUGAUUUUUUUAUCUCAUUUCUGUUCUUGAAUUAUUUUCCCACAUUCAACCUGUCUCACAGCUUACUUUAUCCUUUUUUUGGCCCUUCGCAAAACCACUAUUCUUGAAUGAUUUGGGGAAAAGAAAUGGAAAUUUGACCAGAACUCAUAAAUAUAAAAAUAUAAACAUUACAUAAUUAAAUUUCACUUUUUAAAAAAUCUAUUACAGUACAGAAUUAAAAUGCUGUUGGAUUGGAUGGUGGCUGGGCUACCUUCCUUUCCUAUUGCAUUCAUUUUAAAAAAUUAACAUAACCACAUAAAUUUUAACGUAUUUCAAAACUAAUUUCUUAGUGCUUUGUGCAUUGUGAAAUGAUUGAAGUGUGCCCUACUUCAAACACUCUUGUGGAUGUUAAUGGUAGUGGCACCUGACGUGAUUCCUUUCUAGAAUUGUGUUGCGUGGAUCAAUAAAGUUGUUUUUUUUUGAAAAAAAGUCUGUUUGAGAUUCGGUAUGCGCUAAAGUCCACUGAAUGCUAAUAAAAUAUAAUUAUGGCAUCA